AUGGCGUCUUAUGUAGUGGAAAACUUAUCAGAGUUAAAUCAACUUUUUAGGGACAUAUCCUUGAAGUUUUCUUCAACUGAAUCAGAAGAUGUCGUGCAAUCUUUGAAGAAGGUUUACGGACAGCCAUUCAAAUCGCUGGGAAAUCAAGAUUUGCCAUCAUGUUUAGAUCGUUUGCAUGAAUGCGGUUAUGUUUCGAGUUCGAACCUGACACUGCUCGACGAGUUUGUCGCAAACAAAUCAAGCAACAAACAUGAAAUUUACAAGAGGAUUGAGAACUUCAAGGCUUCUAGAUCGCCACAUACCAAAACAAAGAUGGAAUUGCGGGGAAGAAGUGGUGACGUUAAGAAAACCAUAGAAAUCCUUAAAAGUAAACAAAAUGCCGUUGUUAAUUUGUAUGGAUCAGCUGGAGUGGGGAAGACAACACUUGCCAGGAACAUUUGUGAUAAAUGGGCCGGAAAGAAUUAUGUCUUUGAUUUAAGAGAAGCUAAAGACAUGAGAGCAGUAUUUUUUAACAUUAUGGGUACUCUGAACCUAAGUGUCCCUGUUGGGUUUUUAGAGAUGAAUUAUGUCGUUGGAAAAAUUCAUGAGCAUAUUGAAAACGAAAGCAAAAGCCAGUCUAUUCUUUUUCUUCUUGACAAUGUCGAGCAGCUCAUAGAGGGACAAGAAGAAGCGGACAGGAACUUAAGAAAACAGUUCAUACAAUUUCUAAAAAAGCUUUCAGUAUUCCAGGGCAAGGCAGGAACGUUAAACAUCCUUUUGACCUCGAGGUGUCAGUUUAAAGAUUCAGAGACUGUGACUGAUUAUAACUUGCAACCUCUUGAAAAGUCAUUUUCAGAGAAUCUUCUGCUUCCCACAUCUGUUCCACGAAAAAUUGCAAAUGUUGAUGUUUGGCAAAGAGAGAAGCUUCUUGGCAUCUGCAAAGGAGUUCCGUUGAUAUUGAAAGGAAUAGCUGCAAUUUUGAGACAAAGAAGAAAAUCGCCAAAUGAUUUGAUUAGUGUAACAGAGAUGACCUGUCAAACGAACGUUCAAGCUUCUUUUAAGACAAACCCAACAGAGAAAAGUGAAGAGCAACCUUUUGAUUUUGAAGAACAAGGAAUUGACAAAAGUCAGAUGUCAAUUAUCAGAGAAAUGUUCAACACUCUCCCCUCUGAUAGUUUGAGAGUGUCUGCUGUAUCAGUGUCAUUGUUUCAUGGACCUUUCUCUCCUUCCACGGCGGCCAAAAUUCUUGGCAUCAGUAUACCAGAAGCCAUAGCGCAGCUAGAGGGACUGGUAGCCUGUGAAAUUAUUCAACAUGUAGUUGAUGUCAAGCAGUUGAUGUAUGAUAUUCAUCCACUAUUACGAAAGUAUGCUGAAAGCAUUAAAUGUGAGGCAGAGUUCUGUGAAUCUUACUCUGAGGCACAGAGGCGAUUUCAUGAGCACUUUAUGUCAAAGAUGACAAAAAUUGCUGGAUUCAUUGAGUCUAACUAUGUCAAAGCAUUUAAUGACUUUGCGAGUGAUCGCCCAAAUUAUGAGUUUGCAAUUGACAUCUCCUUGCUACCAGAGUACUUCAGUGUUCCGGGUGGAUACCAAGAAAAUGCAUUGAUUGCAUCCCUUUUAACUGCCAUGCUGUCUACAAAGAAAAGACUCAAGCUGUUUCAUUCCUGGGCAGAUAUGUGUAAAGAUGAUGGAAAGUCCGGUAUGUUACAGUUGUAUUUUUAUGUUGGAUUUUAUUAAUUUUAUAUAUUUAUAAUAACUUUAUUGUAAAAAUAAUAAGACAAAAGGGUGUCACCAGAGAGGAACUAUAUCCCCAUAAUAGGGCAGCCCCCAAGAUUUAUAUAUAGAGGAUAUUACACGGUGGCGCAAAGAUUUUAUUUUCGAGUGGCAAAACAAUAUUUUACGGACGAGCGCAGCGAGUGAGUUAAAUAUUGUUUUUGCCACGAGAAAAUAAAAUUCAUAUCUUCAAGCCGCCGUGUAAUGUGCUUUUUAUUAUAUAGACAAAAUGAUAUUGAUAAAAUAACAGAGAGAAAUGACCAAAAUUACGUCAUCAAUAAUCUCACUUGUGAGAUUAUGGAAAAUAAACCACGCGGGUCCGGAUGUAGUUUUUAUGAAUUUUACGAGUGGCAUAUUUUCCAGUAAAACACUCAUGUCUAUAUAAUAAAUAUAUAUAUUUAUUAUAUGGAGGAGAGUGUUUUACUGGGAACUAAACCACUCGUAGAUUCCAUAUGCCACUUCAUCCGGGACCCGAGUUGCGUAUUUUCCGUAUGUCACCUUUGUGAGUUUCGUAUCGUUCAAUGACGUCACGAUUCCCGCCUUUUGCUUUUGUUGAAUUGGUUUCUCCAUAUAAUAAAAAGAACAUUACAUGUUGGCUCGAAGAUAUGAAUUUUAUGUUCUCGUGGCAAGAACAAUAUCUCACUCGUUCGCUUCGCUAUUAUAUACAUACUGAGAAAUACUCACCAAAAAGCUAUGUCGUAAAUUUUCGUACGCAAAUUAGUUCUAGCCAAUCAGAGGAGCGAACGAUGGUUUUCACAUGUGAAAAAAAUGAUACGUCCAAUCAGAAUCGCGAACAAUGUUUUCUCACGUGUGAGAAAAAUGAUACGUCCAAUCAGAAGCCACAGAGGUGUGUGGGUUUCGCGCCAAAAUUCCCGCCUUUUAUUGCAGCUUGCAGCGCCGCUUCGCAGACAUUCAACGAGAAAAGUUUUACUCAAAGAGUUUUUCUCGCUAAAAAAGUGAAAAACAUUUCGGAAAUGGAGUGGAAUAGUUUCGUUUGUUUCACUGUCGGUAAAGAAAACGGUAGAGAGCCGGCGAAACAACAGCGGAAAGCGAAAAACAGAACGAGACGUAAGCUUUUGUUGUGCUUUUUGUCGGAGCUACUUUGCGUUUCAUUUAAGCUUAAGCUUAUAUUGAAACCGGCCAUUUACUUAAAUUCACUCAUUUUCAAUUGUGCAUUGAAAACAAACAGUUAAGAUUACUUAUAGUUCUUGGAUUACCUCAUAUCCUUACCGUCAUUUAUGUUAACAAACGUUUUUACUAAAAAGCUGAUACUUCGUUUUCGUUGUCAUUUUGCGGUUGUGUAGCAGCAAAUUUUAGCAUUUUGAAAGAUUUAAAAUAAAAAGGUUGCCAAAAUGAUGAAUGUCUCAGUAUGUAUAUAAUAAACACAAUACCACAUGGAAAGUGCUGGCGUACGGUAUUUAUGCACUCGUUGUUUUUGUAUCAGAAAUCUUACUCGUUCGCUGCGCUCACUCGUUCGAUUUCUGAUACGUCAACAACUCGUGCGUAAAUACCGUACGCCAGCACUUUCCAUGAAGUAUUCUCUAUGUAUGCUAUAAGUUUAGAAUAAUAUAAAAUCAUUGAACUAAGAACAACUAGUACUGUUAACAAUAUACAGCUAAACUGAAAGAGGUUGCUUUGGUAAUUAUUGGUCAUUGGUAAAUUGGGCAUUGGGCAUUUGGGCAUAUUGAGCAAUGCAAUGAUUUACUUGAAAGACCACCAAGCUACAGCUUCCCAAUGCCCAAAGCAACCUUUAUUGAAUCAGCUGUAUAAUUAUGAUAUCUAAUAAAAUCUGAUAGUUUUAUGUAAUGAAUUACACAUUUAAGAAAACUUUAAGAAUUGUAUAUAAGACAAUGCUUCGGAAAAUCCUCGCCCAAAAAGAAAAAAAAAAGUUACUUGAGUAGAUGAUCCAUCAAUUAAAAGCUCUUUUUGAAACUCCUUAACGACUGAUUGCCAGUCACUGAAUGAAUGAGUUUUGGGGCUGGUUCCCUCAUGUACACUAUGUAGAGUAUAGUGUAAUAGAUACUACCCCUUAAGCUUCUGACUGAAUUAUCAACACACUCUGUUCUCUGUGAGUACUUCGGUGCAAAAGACUGUUUUUGUGCUCAAUUAAAAUACAAUGUAUGCGUUUUUAACGAUGAUUUUACUUUUUCAACAAAUAAAUAAAUAAAUAUAUAAAUAAUAAAUAUAUAUACAUCCGCAGAAAAAGCGGUGGAAGUGUAUAAUUAUAUUUUUUCAAGUUGAUUAAGGCUUGUUUCUUCAAGACAGAUGUAUUUUCAUCGUAAGUUACUUGGUAUACAAGAUAUCCCAUGACUAAUACUUAAACUGUAACAUAAUGGACUCUAAGCUUUUGAAUUUUUGUGACUUUUACGAGGAUUAAAUGAUCAGUCAUCAGUCAUCCAUUUUGCGUUUGUAUCAGUGUUACUGUGGCUUGUAGAACUUUAUCACUGAGUCAACUGUCGAUAUUCAAGGAUGUUAACUUGCAAUUUUAUAUUAUAUUAUUUUGUUUCUAACUGUUUCUUCUGCCCACAGGUUCCUUAUUUCGCGCUCAGUUACGAUGUUGGGAAGCUAGGCUUGUUUCAGAGGCUCAUGGUACUGACAAAGGUUUUGAAGUGUUGCAGCAGGCAUCCUCGUCAUUGGAACAAGUUGAAGAUCAAUGUACAGAAUCUUUCAAACUGAGUAAAGGGCUUUUCUUGUACAUUGAGGGAGAAAUUUAUUACCGGAACAAAGACUACAAGAACGCAAUCGAAUCCUUACAGUCUUCUUUGGAAAUUAUGGAGGAUCUGUUAAAACUUGAUACCAAUGUUGCCAGGUGUUAUAACGCUCUUGGCAACUGUUAUUACGGAAACAACGAGCCAGAGAAAGCCCUAGAUCUCUACAACAUUGCACUGAACAUGCGGAAGGAAUUGUCUGGUUCUGAAGAUCAUUACGACAUGCCAGUAUACAAGAAUCAAAUUGGCACAGUUUACGAGGAUAAAGGGAAGUAUGAAGAGGCAGCAAAGUGUUACAUUGAGGCACUGGAUCUUUUGAAACGACUUAAAAUCUCAGGUAACGAGGAUGAAGCACUUUUCCGUCGAAAUCUUGCUAGUGUUUACAUUCGGCAAGGCAAGUACCAAGAUGCUGUCGAGCCGGCAGAGAAAGCAUACCACAUCAGAGAACAAUGCCUUGGAAAACAUCCGGAUACAGUGCGAAGCAUUUUCCAACAAGGGCUCAUUCAAGCAAACUUAGAGGCUUUCCACAAAGCCUUAGAUUAUUUUUUAGAUGCUUGGGAAAUGGAGAAAUCAUUGGAUGCGGGUAACCAUAGUGUGGUGUGGAAACUCAUCAUUAAUGGAGUCUUUGACUUGUAUAAGGAACUAAGGAAAGGCAAGACUAAAAGAAAUGAAUUUACGCAGGACGCUUUGCAGUUUUGUAAGCGUUUUUGGGAAGAGCAGAAACGGUCCAAAAAGUUCGACUUUACCGAGUACAACAAGGAGAUCAUUGAUACAAUUCGGGAUCUUCUUGGUAAUAAAAAGGAAGACAAACCUGAAAGAGACAAGUACGAGAGAGAAGCGCGAUGGUUCUAUGAUGGCAUGCGGAAACAGACCAGCCAUCCAGUGGAUUCUCCAAAAUUUAUGCAGGUAUUUUUUAAACACAAAAUUCUAAGUAAAUGGAACAAUUUAUUUUUAUACUUCUGGCAAAAUCAAGUAUGUUUGUAUGCUAAAUGACAAAGGGCUAGCCAGUUGUGCCAGUUUCUUGGGGGCAAAAUUAUACGAAAAAACUCAGUCAGGUGUUUAAGCCAAAUUCGUGUGUAUCACUUCCCUAUGUCCGCAAUAGUCUCUUGUUCCUUUAUGCAUUGGAAGCAGCUUGGCUGAGCGAUUAGGGCUUGGAGGCCCCGAGAAUUGGUUUGACUUCUGUUAGUUGGGAUUCUUAACCUUGUUGGCCACAAUGCAGUAAGUCCACUUGUGGUUUACCACGAAUUGUAUCAGCCCUACAAAAUCAGUUUUUGUUAAUGUAUUUUUGGCUUAAUUCAAUUAUAAUAAUUAAUUAAUUGAUUAAUUUUUCAUUAGUUUCUGAAAGAGAAGUUUUCGAAAGGGAAAAAAGAACCAAGCGCCCAGGAGACAUCUAAAGGUAACCUACAGUAGUACAUUCUUCAUUCUUCAUAAUUUUCAUCGAAUUUUCCAAAUAGCGAUUGCCCUUAUUAUUUUAACGACCUUUGUUUCCCUCUUUAUACCACUACUUGAGAAAUUUCUGCAAUUUGAUUGGCUUAGAGCAGUGGUAUUUCAGCUAAAUUUGAAAUACCUACAUGUGAAAAUUACAAACCUUUUGCGGGUGUGGUAUAAACAAUUAAUAGCAUGAUCUGUACGUGAUAUUUGGCAUAAAUACCACUGGUGAUAUUUCAAAAUUUUCUCAAAUUUCACUCGCCUAACGGCUCGUGAAAUUACGUAUAACAAUUUCGAAAUAUCACUCGUGGUAUUUAUGCCAAAUAUCACUACAAAUCAUGCUAUUACCUAUACUAAUUAUUGACGACAUUAUCAUCAGCCCCAUAUUAUUACAUGAAUGAUUGUUUUCAUCAUCCGUGUCGUGACUAUGAUCAUCGUCAUCAUCAUCGCCAUCUUCAAUAAUCCUCGCCAUCAUCCCAUCGUUACUACUCCUUGUUGUUAUAUGGUGUUUUGUUAUCAGUUUAACGGUACAAUGAUCACCAAAGUACGAUAAAACAUUCUGAUGACCUUUUCGCGUUGCAUAUAAGAUGCGGUAAAACUUACGUAAAAAGAUGAUAAGAAUAAUGUGAUGCCUAAGUUUAUCUUGCAUUUACUCGUGCUUUCAUUAUUUUUUAAAAAGCUGAAUAGCUCAAGCUGAUCUCAACGUGAUCCAUAUUUAUCUGAUGUAGGCCUUAACACGUUACUUUUUGAGGCAGUACGACACAAACGCCUAUCGAAACAGUUUUUUUUUAUGUUCGGGCACGUGGACUUUCUGAGCUCUGCGUUGGAAAAAUUGUUCGCGUCGGUGCCAUGAUCCCUGUACCGUGUAAUCAUAGCAAAGGACAUCUAUAAAAUUCGAGGCUUCUGAUUUCAUUAUUGUAUCGUUUAAGAUUUUUGCUUAGGAGCUAUUAUGAGUCGGGCUUCUAGGUAGCCUCAAACAAUACGUAUACCUUUCGUAAAUUCCAAAGUGUAAGUCACAAAUGUGCACAAUUACACCGGAUGGGUUCUCAUGGAAACGAUGUGAACACGCAGUUGAUACCACAUCACGUGAGACGGCCAUUGAAGAAAAGAUUUUCUCGAAGCUCACUUUGGUCCGCAUUAAUUUUUUCCCGAGUGACUUCACAGGAUUUUUACUUUGUCACUAUUUCCAUUUUAAAACGCUGGGUUAAAUUGGUUUUACUUAAAAAGGACUUGUGUGAUCGUCGCCUAAGUUUUUGGUCCGCAAAAGUGACACGAGUUCGAAUUCUGCCCACUAAGUUUUGUUUUAGUUUGGAUUCCUACACAUUUUAUUUAGCAAACACGAUAGGCAAUGUUGAACUUUUUGUCAGGUCGACCUUAGUCGGGAAGGUGCGAAGAGACCCAAAAUCGCUGCGGGGAGACUGUGAGCAAUUCUCUUCACUCGUUCUCUGAAUUACAGGCUAAUGUUUCACUUUAAUUAAGUCGUAUAUUUGAUCUGUUCUCUCCACAUCCGUAGAAUUGAAGCCUCCCCGUUUUUAUGCUGCACAGAAGUUGUUAUUCGGACGAUCCAAAUCCCAGUCCGAAUCGUAUGCUGCGAAAGUAGUGUAUGAGGUAAAAGCUGAGGAAGGAAUCGAAGCUAAGCCUUUGCAGGGCACUGAAGUAGAAUACCGAGGAGUCACUACAGAGGAACCAGAAAAAGGUGCAGUGGCGCCCGAGCAAAUGACCGAGUUGAUUGGAGCACAAGAAGUUCAAAUAGUCCCCCAGUCUGGUAGUGAAACCGAAUCUGAGGAGGAUCUUGAACAAGUCUUUGACGUAGAAUCCGGGAAGACGAUACAUCAAGAAGGAUCAGAAAGAGAAGUUGAGUUUAGGUAAUGAAAAAAGUGUAAAAGGAGUUAUUGCAGCGCUGUCUCAUGUGGAGGAGAAAGCUGGUUGUAUGUUCAUAUGUCGGUAGGAACAUGGUGAAAUGAAAAUGAAAAACAGUUUGUUUAAUGAGAGUCUCUUGCUGAUUCAAAACAACGGCAGCAAAUGCAAAGUAUGCCUGUCCCCUUCAAAUUAGCAUGGUGUUAUUAUAGGCGGGGACAGGGUGUAAGACAUUUUACAUUAAAUAGUUGUGGGGAGAACUAGGGGAUCAUGGCUACAAUAAAGAUAUAAUAACUUAAAGAAAUGAAUAGAAAAAUAACGCUAAGAAGAACAAAGGAUCAAGAGUGCUAAUUUCGAAAGAGUAAGUUUUGUGCUAUAUUGGUAAGACACAUCCGUGUUCUCAUGGUGCUGUGUACUCGCAAUCCUGAUGUAGCUACAAAUCCCCAAACCAUUGGACUUCGGUGGAAGCACGCUAAGAAACAAAAGCAAUAGACAAACAAACAAAAAACCCUGAAAACAGGGGAUAGUAGGGCGAUAAAAACCUCCUCGAAAGGAACAGAAAAUCAAGAGCUAGACUGUUUUCAGUCCUAUGUGAAAAUCGAUUGUGGCAAAAUAGCAUGCCCGCAUUUAAUAAAAGGCACUGUUUUAAAAACGAAAACAACAACAACAACAACUGAUGAGAUAUUUUGUAAUUGCAGACGAAUAGUAACGAGUGAAGAUACCAACUGGCCCAUCAAGCAACUUGGUGUUCACCUGAAGUUCCCUCCUAAUGCUUUGUCUGAACCCACUCCAAUAAUGGUCCAAAGAUGGAAAAACAGUGUCUGUUCACCCCCUUUGGAGGAGCACGAGGCCAUUACUAGCAAUGUUAUUGAACUAUCCCCCAUGGAUAGCCAAGGUCUAAAAUUUAACACCAAGGUGAAGCUGUCGCUGUCUCACAGUGCAACAAACCUAAUGGGCUAUGAGCUGGUGAUAAAACAGCUAACUGAUAAGGAGACGAAUAAAUGGGAAGACCUGGAUGGAACCAAGGACAUACGUUCGCUUGAAGGUAUAAAAACGUCUCUUUAUACAAUAGAAUAACGCGUGGCGGAUUAUCAGUUUAUCUUUUGCAUGAAAACCUUUUAAAACUCAGGGUGUAGUCUACGCAACUACUAUGCUCCUAAUCUGUGUAGAUUUCGCGGUUUAAAUUUAUCAGUUGUUCAAGUUUAAGGAAGUUUAACUUCAAGCUUUUUUACAUUUGUAGAGCAAAGAUAACAGAUGUAGAACAGUCCCUUAUGGGAAUUGUCUUAACUGCCUAUUUACCCCGAAUCUGGAGUUAAAAUAACUCUUAUUGCCAAAAGAGUUAUUUCAUUCUUGCUUUGGAUUAAAAUAGCUCCUUUUUGGAGUCAAAAGAAGCAGUAAGGGUUUGAGUUAACUCCUCCUAAGGACUAGUAGUAGUUGUAUGAUUCAAGUAACAGUACAUGUAUGUUGUUAUGCAUUAUCAUACGUUAAAACAAAGGCGUUUAACACUGAACCAAUGUAUUUAUCAUGGGUUAUGUAACCCUUUCUGUGGGGUGUUACAUGGUAUGCUGUUACAAUUGCUUCAUUAGCGGUAGGCUAUAUAUAUUUGAGUUAUUGUCAUUAAUAUUAAUUCGCUUCUUACGACCGUCCCUACGCCCUCAACACUAAAUACGCAGUGGCUAGGGGUUAGAGCGAUUUUCGUAUGUCCUUGAAAAAUGGUUUCGGUAAGUGUUUGUUAUUUGUUUUAUCAGCCAAUGGAUGAAAAGAUCAAAUCAUGGACUCUUCGUUUUCCCGCCUAAGAAAACCCUAAUAUGGAGAAUGGAGAAGGCAUUGUUCGAUUGACCAGUCGUGUUACAGUAUGACGUCAAAGCGAUUUCUAGAAAGUUCUUCGGGCUUGAAGUUUUUUCAGCCGAGCGUUCGCUUAACCAACCAAAAGCCAGGUGUGUUUGUAUCCGUUCGAUAAACCAAUCAAAUCGCUUUAUUUCCCUUUGCUUGUUGUUUCUGUUUUGUUCGCGCGUUUUCAUUUCAAGGUCAUACGAAAAUCGCUCUAUCAGUUUCUCUUAGACGUAGUUUUUGCAUGCUCCUAUAUGAAAGGUUCUGCACGUUUACGGUAUCAUUUUUUAUACGAGCAUAGUUUAGAUCGUUUUGCAGGGUGGUUUUCUUACUGUAUUUUUUACAUUUCCGAGUUUUUAUUCUGUUUGUUAUAUCAUUCCCAUCCAUUUGUUGAUGAAGGCAUAAUAAAGAGGAUCGCACACGCCUCUUGUUGACACACCCCCGCUUGUGUUGACACACCCCAUUUGUGGUUGCUUAUUACAUAUAUUUACAUUAUAUUCGUUUGAGCGGAGUAGCGAAUUAGAAUAUAAAAGCAUACAUAUUUUUAUGGUGGUGCAGUAGUUUCAUCUUUCCCUUUUGAUCUCAGGCUGGUUUGUUUGAUCCUGGUUUUCUAUAAUCUCUAUCAACUAUCCAUUGGGAGGAAACAUUGUAGGUGCUCAUGAAACUUUAUCUUUUAUCGGUUACAGAUAUCGAGGACGAUUUCCCUUCUCAGGUGGAAAUACCAGACCUUUUCUUUCCUUUUGCUCAAGCUGACAUCACUGAGUGCUCAACAUACGCAGUAGUUUGUCGUCUGAAGGCUUCUCCAACUUACAUCAUCACAUCCAAAGGCGGCUCAUUCAGCCAUCCUGACCAUCCGGGUGUGAUAGUUACAAUCCCUGAGAAUGCUGUUGCUCCUAAUGCAGAGUUCCCUUUGGAAUUGAAAGUAGGUCUGAUGACUUUUACCACUCACGUUGUUGUUGUUUUUGUUGUUUUUUUCCUCAAUUGGCUAAUUUGUUCAGAGAAACAACAAAUCGAUUUCUGUUUAACGAGCAUCUGUGGAUCAGUUGCAGGAUUGUAAUUGAUUUACAGAAGGAGAAAAUUAACAAGAAAUUCACGAAAGUGAACUAGUAUUUGAUUAAUAAUAAUGUUUUCAUUCUCUUUUAUUAUCAUUAUUAUUAUUAUUAUUAUUAUUAUUGUUAUUAUGUAAAUUCUUUAUUGAUUACUAGAUAAAAACACGUAUCUAUUGUUACAAAGUCGAUGAGAGGAAAGCUAUAUAAAAUGGAGAAAAAACAUGGAAAUUGAAGAGAAUAAGACAAAAAUAUAAAUAAUUUCUUUUUAUAUAACUGUUUUCUUAAAAUAACCCCGAAUGUUUCUUGGACGUAUUCUUAAUCAACGUACGAGAAGUUACUAACAUAUAUAGGAGGAGAAAAAAUACUAGAAAAAUCUUAAAUGUGAUAAAAGUAUUAAUACUAAAGUCUCGAUAGUUCCUCAUCGGUUUCAAUGCCCCUACUAAUCCUAAAUGUGAAAAAAUAUUAUAAGUUCUAAUCCUAAUUUAUUGCUAGUUCCUUGUCGAUUUCAAAGUCGCUAUCGGUAAUGUUCAGCGGAACUUUUCGGUACCACGUGAGCCUCUCACGCUCGACAGCGCAGACCAGUUGGGUAAAGGAGCCUUGUUCGACUUCUAGCACUCUGCUGGCGUACCGUCUCUUUUUCUCACUCUCGUGCUGGCGGUAGAUUUGUUUUAUGGUGAGACCCUUUUAAGACUCUGCAAAAAAAAAACAAAAAAAAAAAAACAGUAACACCAACAAGUUAAACGUGAACUGCCGGGCUGGCUUGGUUUCUCGCCUAAGCCGUAUUUCCUUUGUAAACUGAGGGAGCGGACCAGCUUGGUAAUCGUCAGGGUCUCGGUUACCAAGACAAAUAUGCUGAAAACUUCGACCUCCCAGUCACUGAUAUUAGUUUAUUUAAAAAACACCACACACAAUCGCCUGAAAUGAUUUCUGGGUGUCGUUAAAAACGAUAAAGGUAUUCAACCCAGCGUUUUAAAUUUUCGUACAGUCUACGUCUCGAUGAGCUAACUAGCAAGUUGAAUCCUGCACAGUUGGUAAGAUCUUUUGCAUCUUAAUUGUGUUUUUUGUGCAAUUUAGGUAAACCGAUCGUAAAUUUGUGGGCUUAAAAUAGUAUAUAUAUUCUUUUAUAAAAUUAACAACUGGAAGGGAGAAUGAUGUCCCAUUAUAUAUUCUCUGGCUUGAUAACUGGUGAUUUUCAUUUUCAUGAUGGAACAGGUGCAAGAAGUUUCAAAUGAAGAGUUCGAAGAGGAAGGUGUAUUUCUUGGGCCUGUUCUGCGAAUCAAUCGCUCUGAAGGUGUUCAGUUCUUGAAACCUGUUACAAUUCGACUGCCAAUUUCCCUUCGAGAGCAACAGGACUUGAAUCUACGCCCAAUUUGUGGCUCAACAUGUGACGUCAAAGUGUUGUUCCUGAACUCUGAUGAUAAGCAAAAAACAUGGAUUGAUAUCACUGAUGAUCUUGUGAACCCUCCAAGUCUUAAUGGGAAGUUUGUUAGCUUCGAGGUCGAACGGUUCUCUAGGUAAGGCAGAAAAUAUUCGUUUAGCAGAUGAAUGGUUGUGUCGUUGAAUUUGCGAGGCUCUGAAAAGAAUCGUGGCACUACAUUGGUGACCGGGUGAUUGAAACACGAAAAUUUGGUUUAUUCACUAUGUCUAUAAACUGAAAUUACCACGUUAUCUUGACGCCAUAUCUGGUAAUCUCCGCAAACCAAAUUUUUCCAAAAUGCGUCUAAAGAAAGAACGAAAAGCUACUUAAGAGGAAAGGUUGUGACGCAACGUCGUUUCGAAAAAAUCCAAAAGUCUUUCGGGGAAACAUUUAACGUUCCCUCCCGUCUGUACCUUCCAGGGUUAAAUGUACUUGCAGUAUCUCUAGUUGUCCUAAUACAACGGGCGUCGACUGUGUGCAUAAAUGAAACAUACUCAUUUUUUCAUUCAUUUCAAGUGUCUUAGCAAUUCAGUCAGUUCAAUAUUGUUGUUGUUGUUGUUUUUAAUUUAAUUUUUUUACUUUGUCCUUCUUCUAGGUAUUCGCAUUUUGUUAAAAGGCGAAACAAAAUAUCUAGAUUUCAUGGACAGAGAGUCAUAAAAAAACUUAACAGCAGCACUUCGGUUCAGCCCAGACUGGCAGUCUUUUUUGCUUACUUUCGUCCGGAUCUUUCUACAAUUUUGCGUCUGAUGUGUUGCCCUGCUCACCUUCAAGGAAAACAGAUAAAAAAGCUAAAAAAAGAAGGCAUAAGGCGGCCUAUUUAUAGCAAUUCAAAGAAAGAUAUGACACCUGGCUACGACAAGGCAUUCGUAUUAGUAUCAGGAGGAAUACGCCUACAUGAAGAACAAGACAUGGAGGGAAUAUAUCUUAGGUGAGUCUUCAUAUAUGGUUGUGGUUCAAUUUUAUUUUUAAUUCGCCAUUUGCACAUCUCCCAUAAUACACGUUGUUUGUCCAACAAAAUUUUAUAAUAGCAAAAACAAAAGCAAGCUGCUUUUUAGCCUAUUUCUAUUGUGCCUUUACAACCCAUCUACAUUUGUUUCACCUAGCGUUGUAUAAUACAAGGGAAGGCAGACAGAUACAUUCCCUCUAACUCAGAGCCUGUUAACAUGAAGGAGGGGGACCCCAGGUUGGUGAGGAAACUCGUUCAGGUGGGAUGAAAAAAUAACCUGCGUUUACAUGCAAUCUUACAACUCUGCCAUCCCAGGGUGCACUUUCUCAAGAUUAUCGAAUGGUCGCUAAGCAUGUAAACACAAAAAAGGCGGGUAAACGACAUUUUUUGGCGGUUAACACUCUUCUUCUUCACUCUCACUGCUUUUUCUGUAACUUUUCCGUAAAGUGGCUUUCACUUCUAAUGGUGUAAAGCCUCUAGCCUGUACACAGACGUUGUUUUGUUUUUCUUUUUCGCUUUUCGAAAAAUUGGCGAGCGAGGAACGCAAGAAAGAAAAAUAAAGAAGGUCUAUUUUCUUCCUCCCCCACCCCUACCCCCUUGCGCUGGCGAUCAAUAAAUCCCCCGCGGUUUUUGAAUUUAUUUCGUGCGCUUGACAGACUUCGAAGAGAAAAUAGAGGGUCUGUGAACAGGCUAUAAAGCUUCCGCCAAAGGCUUUCUGCCGUGAAAUUGAUGUAACACGAAUCGGUUACCUCAACUUGAAACGUUUACAUGGGAAAAUUUUACCCCAGCCGAGGGGUUUACCCGGUCUGGCAGACACCCCACUUACCAUGUAAACGUUAUCAAAUUAACAUGAGAGAUUAUGUGCAGAGGCGGGUAAUACCCCACCUAAGCGGGUUAACUCACCUACCUGGGUAGGUAAACAGGCCCUAAAUUAGAAAGAAUGUUAUCUGUCUGGUUCUACUGUACUGUACUCUAUUUCUGUCAGCUUAUAGGACUUCACCAUUUUUAUUGUUUUACCCCAAGGGAUGAUUGUAGUUUAUUUUUAUUUUCGUACAGGUUUUUAGAACGCGACCCAGACGAUGCGGAGUUAGAGGUUGAUUUUUGUCCUGGGGAAAACGUAGCACGAGUGAAAUUUUACGACUCCUUAAAACGCAGAAAGACUCCAUUGUGUAGAUUGCACUUGAAAACUCCCGCUCAGGGUACGGAUCGUAUGGUAAGUCACUCAAGGGUAUUUUAGACAUCAAACACCUGAUUUACAAAGGCGGCCUGAGUUAAUGAGGCAACGUCAUGCUGAGUUCCACAAUUCAGUUUGGGUUAAAACUGGGCUAAAAUUAGACUUAACAUCCUCACUCCCACAUUUCCUUUUAAAAGGAUCUCUUAGCACAAUGAUUGUUAAGGACGUUUCGUGAUCAUUGUUUGGUAAUUUUUCCACAAUACUUCAAAGGUGGCUCAAUUUUUUUUUCUCUGUUGGAGAUAAUUUCCGAUCCCAUUUCCAUCUGACCAGUAGUCAGUAAUUUUAAAUAAAACUGAACCCUCUUUUCUGUUUUCUCCCUUUUUCUUGUAUUUUUGUUAUCACUUUUAUGUAGAUGUGAUACAAUAAAGCACUAUUGAUUAAUAAUAAAAAAAUGAGUAAAUAAAUAAUUAUGCAUAAAACUGAACUGCCAGUUUGGGUUUUUGAUUAAUUCUAGUUUUUCAGUGUAACAAAAAUAUAGUAUGAACACUGAAGAUUGUGAUAUAGCUCCUUUAAGGAAUUGUUUCUUAACAUUAGUCUGUUAUUUUAAGACAAUACACAAUGUACUUAAGAUAGACACCUUCGUUUAUCGUGGCUUUGUUACUCUAGGACCAUGUCCCCUGUCAGAGGAACAUAACUGUUAUAUAAAAUGUAUUUGCCAUAUGUUUUUUUUUUUUACCUUUUUACCUUCACCAAAAUCGCAGAGUUCACUGAUUAACGCAAAAUAUUUCCCGGGAGUUCUCGGCAACUUUAACGUUACAGUGAAUUCUCAUGAUUUCUAAGUGAUAUCUUUUCAGGACUUGUGGGAACUUGCACGGCCGCCUGAAAAGUUGGUAUGGGUUACUCUCGAUAAUAGUUUUUAUCUCGUGGAGAUAGGUCUCGCCUUGUUAAAGUACGGUUGUUACGGUAUAUUAUUUUGAUUAAAUAUAACGAAUGUUAUACAACUAUCCCCCGAAGGGGAGGUGGGUGAGUAGUGGUGAUCUAUACCGAGACGCAAAGCGUCGAGGUAUAUAUGUAGCGCUAUGAACCGACCCUGAGGGGGAUAGUUGUUUUAGUAUUUACCAAAUCAGUUGGAUAAAAAUCAAAAAGGAACUUUUCGUAAAUUAAAGGUUGUUUACGUUUCAAUUGACAGUGUUUCGGGGAUCAUAUUUAUGAUUUGUUGCAAAGUCAGUAAGAAAAAUUUUUUUCCACCCACUAGUAAACACUGACAAGCCAAAUUUUGUCUCUUUCUUGGUAUUUGUUGGUACAGCCGCUUCAUUUACCGCUAAAAUUUCAUCUUUCGAAACUGUCGCGAAACGAGAAGCCAUUUUGAAUCCCGUCCCAAAACAGUGAAUAUCCAAGAAUAUUCCGAGUUACGGGAGCCAAUCAGAACGCUCGAAAAUUACUAUCCAUUGAUUUGGUGAAUACUAAUUGCCAUUAUUAGCAAGUGGCAGUCGACUUCUUUUAAUUCUCUCUCUUCGUCUUUAGAAAAGCGCUACUGAUGGACGGUCAGCCUCUUUCGCGGGAGACCCUUUAAGGGUAACACUAGUCGGAGGUGAAUGGGGAUCAUCGAAAGGCGGAUUGUCUACGCUGAACAGAGAGUUAGCAAAAAAUCUUGCACGUCAGCCUGAAGUUGAAGUAACUAUCCUACUGUCAAAAUACACUGAACUGGAGAAGAAAGAAGCUAAUGAAUCUAAUGUGCGCCUUGUAACACCAGAGGCGAAGCUCGUGUCUGAUCCCAUCAUGAAAUUGUGUUUUCCUCCUAAAGAUCUUGAUAUUGAUGUUGUUGUAGGCCAUGGCCAGAAGCUUGGAGUACCAGCUCAGAUCAUAGCAGAACAGCGCAACUGCAAACGACUUCAUGUAGUACACACCGCCAGUGAAGAGCUUGCAAUGUUUAAGGAAGUUGAAACAGCAAUACAGAAAGGUGGAGAAAAGCGCCGCGCUGAAGUAGACCUGUGUGAGGAAGCUGAUAUCGUCGUGGCCAUAGGACCAAAGUUGAAGGAAGAUAUCUCAGCCAAGCUACGGUAUAAAAAAGAUAAAUGCGUGAUAGACAUCACACCUGGAAUCUUUCCAGAGUUCGCCAAGAUGGAGCAAGCCAGUGAGGAGGGAGGAAGGUUUCGCAUCUUAGUGUUUGGUCGGGGUGACUCGGAAGAUUUUGAACUAAAAGGAUAUGAUGUAGCUGCUAAAGCUGUAGCAAGCUUAAAAGACGAAAGCUUCCUUCUUUUGUUUGUCGGAGCACCAAUGGGUAAAGAAGAAGAAGUUAAAAAUAAGUUACUCAAGUGUGGAAUUCCUUGCACACAGCUUAUUGUGCGAGACUUUAUUGAGAGUCGUGAAGAAGUAAAAAAACUCUUCUGCGAGGCGGAUCUCGCCAUUAUGCCCUCACGAACGGAAGGCUUUGGCCUCACCGCUCUCGAAGCACUGUCCGCUGGCCUUCCUAUUUUGGUUAGUAACAAUUCGGGAUUCGGUAAAGUGCCAUUCGCAUCUUCGUGUGUGGUGUGUUCCGAUGAUCCUGAAAAGUGGGCUGAAGCCAUCAGACAUGUGAGAGAGACACCAAGGAAACUCCGGUUAGAAAAAGCUCUUUCUCUUCGAAAUAUGUACGACAAAAAGUACAAGUGGGAGAGACAGUGUGAAAAUCUUGUAGAUAGAAUGCGACAAAUCCUCGAAUAAACUUUGAGUAGACACUCAAGGUUGUUACUUGACGGUAGAUACGAACAUUCACACUAAAACCAACAUUAACGGAUUGCCGUUAAACGGGUGAAACAUAGAGCUAUCGAACGGGUGACCGAGCCGUUUGAAACGGUUGUACCUGAACGGCUGAACAACUGACAAUUUACCUUUUACGUCUUUGUUGUUCGUCCUUUUUUCCUUUUGAAACAUAAGUACGAGUCUUCAGCCCUUCCUUAUCGUGGUUGACAAGGCCAUGACAGUGGUCAAAUCUUGUUGUUUUUAAGGCCUCGUUUAAGAAAGAAUACUGAUAAGCAGAUGACUUCAUUUAAGGCAAUCGAUCUUUGGAAAAGCAUUCCACAACACCUUAAAGAACUGAAUAAGUACGCUUUUUUCCCCAUAAAAAUCAAACAUUGUCUACUGUCC